AUGGUUCCUGCCCUAAUACGCGAUGCCUUCGUAGGCGACGUCCUCUACCAUCUAUCGCGUCACCGUCUCUUUCAGCAUCGGGAGGACCGCCAGGACUUCACCAUCCCUACGCCACCAAGAUCCGUUGGAAGCAUUAAGAGCGGAUCUUCUUCCCGUUCAAUCCUCGAAAUAACUACCGUCGCCGAGCCAGAACGACCUGUCGAUGAAGAAUCUCAACUUCCUCGCGUCGACUCCGAACAGGUUACGAUAGCCAUAUGCGAACCCUCAGAAGAGCAAAGACCAGCGCGGCAGAAAAUUUUGGAGGUCGAAGAAGGUGAUCUCGCGAAGCAAAAGGAAAAGGCGCCAGUAUUGCAAGAAAUCACUGAAUCUCGCAUAGUAGAGUGGUACGGACCAAACGACCCAGAGGACCCUCAGAAUUGGUCCAUCGUCAAAAAAUCCUUCAUCACCUUCCAAAUCUGCCUGCUCACCUUCAGCGUGUACAUCGGCUCCGCGAUCUACUCUCCAGGCAUUGGCGGAAUUUCAGACCAGUUCGGAGUCUCGUCAGUCGCCGCAACACUUGGCCUCACGCUCUUCGUCGUCGGCUACGGCGUCGGUCCAAUGUUCCUCAGCCCGCUCUCGGAGCUGCCGCAGAUCGGGCGCACGACAGUCUAUAUCCUCUCGCUUGCACUCUUCGUCGUGCUCCAGGUGCCAACGGCGCUCGCGAAGAACCUCGGCGCGUUGCUCCCGCUGCGCUUUGUCGCCGGCUUCGCCGGCUCGCCCGCCCUCGCGACCGGCGGCGCGAGCCUCAGCGACAUAUGGGCACCCGAGUACCGUGCCGUCGUCAUUGGCCUCUGGAGCGUCGCCGGUGUUGGUGGACCCGUACUUGGACCGCUCGUUGGCGGCUUCGCGACGCAGGGCGAAGACUGGACGUGGACGAUCUGGAUCUUGCUCUGGAUGAGCGGCGCGACGCUCAUUUUUCUGAUGCUUUUCCUCCCGGAGACAUCUGCCUCGGCAUUGCUGUACCGCCGUGCGGCACGCCUUCGCCGCAUCACCGGAAACAAGCGGCUCAAGUCCGAGGGCGAGAUCGAGGUGGAGCAUAUGACGGUCGGCGACAUUGCGAUGAUGCACCUCGUGCGGCCGUUCAUCCUGAUGUUUAUCGAGCCGAUCGUUGCGUUCUGGAACAUCUACGUUGCCCUCGUCUACGGCAUCCUCUACAUCUUCAUCGAGUCGUUCAGGGUCGUCUUUGUUGAGACGCACGGCUUCAAUCUUGGGGAGAACGGGCUGGCGUUCCUCGGCAUAUUCGUCGGCUCGGCCCUUACAUACGCCGUCUACGCCCCCUACGCUCUGAGGGUCCUGAAGCCCCACUUUGUCAACAACACAUUCGUCCCAGAGAUGCGCCUGCCCAUCGCCAUCGUCGGCUCGGUGCUGCUCCCCAUAUCCAUGUUCUGGUUUGGCUGGACGAGCGACGCGAUUGUGCACUGGAGCGUGCCGAUCGUCGCCUCCGCGCUCUUCGCCGCAGGGACGUACAUGCUAUUCCAAGCUGGCGUGAACUACCUCGCGGACUGCUACCCGCGCUACGUCGCGUCUGUGCUCGCGGGGAACGACUUCUUCCGGUCGAUGGUCGGCGCCGCGUUCCCGCUGUUCAGCACCGUGUUUUUCCACAACCUCGGCGUUGGUCCCGCGUGCAGCCUCCUUGGUGGUGUCGCGGUACUGAUGCUGCCGAUCCCGUGGAUUUUGUAUCGCUAUGGCGCGCGCAUUCGCUCGUGGAGCAAGUACGCCGAUUAG